AUGUCUUCCAACAACGACAAUGCCAUGACGAGGUUUCUGUUCGCCAUAUUGAAGCAGAAGAACCUCAAGGAUAUUGAUUGGAACAAAGUUGCCCACGAUCCCAUUCUUGCCCAAGAGAUCACCAAUGGCCAUGCCGCCCGAAUGAGAUACUCGCGAUUCCGAUCUGCCAUGCUGGGCCUUGAGCCAACACGACGCAAUCGGGUCGGCCCACCCAAAUCACGAGUCACGAAGUCCAAGAAGGAUCCCAAAGCGAAGAGAGAUGAAAGCGUCAAGUCGGAAUCAGCCGCAGGCUCUCCCGCCCCUUCGACACAAGGAACGCCCGAGCCAAGUCCGCAGAAGAUCAAGCAGGAGAGCUCGCAAUACGGCUUCGACAGCCGGCUCACCCCCGGGCUCACGCCGGGGCCAAUGUCCGCACCAAUGACAUCGGCUCCCACCAUGUCCAAUACUCCUGUCAUUCAACCCCGACUUCUCACACCCUGCAGCGACACCGAGGGUUUUGCAACAUCUUCAGCGCUAGCCUCCAGUCCUGCCAGCGACAUGAUGCACUCGCAGAACUCCUUCGAAUACUUCAUGCCGGCUUCCCAUGAACACAACGAUCCGUCUUGGUAUCAAGACCCCUCUGCCUUUUCCGACGCGCUCCCAUACGACUACACAUCCGCGGCAUACCAUCAGCACCUCCAACAACUCCACAACUCGCAGGCUCACUACGCCCUUCCGAGCCAGACAAUCGAAGCUGAUGCAGACCACGUCGACGUGAAGCGCGAGGAGUGGGAGCGCUUAAACUGA